GUUCACUCGAGGGCUGAAGUAGGGAAGUGACGAGAGGAGGAGAGCUGUUGUUGGGCCACGUGAUUCAAGCAGGCUGGCUUGAUAUGUUUUGACAAGCAGUUAGGGGCAGCAGAAGCAAAGCCGAGAAUUUGUGACAAAGACUAGCCUUGUGAUGAAGCGUGUCCAGCAAACCAUUGCUCGCGAGCUUCGUUGUCAGUAUCGAGAGGGAUUUAGACAAGUUCGGGUAUUUGACGUCAUCUGAAGUAUCACGACUUGCGGGCUUUGGUAGACAGUCUCAUAGCGCUGGUUAAAACUUGAGAGCUGCGUCAACAUCCAGAUCUAGACAGCUAUAUGAAAAGGAGAUUGGCGUUUGGUGAGGCAUAAAAAAGAAGACAGUUCUACAUAAAGCUAUGAUUUUCCUAUUAGAUGGAGAGGGUGUUAGGUGCAUUGUCAUAACAUAACGUUAGCGUCACAUAAUGGAGAGAAUGAUCCGUUGAGAAAGGGUUUGCAUUCGAAGAAGCAGUCGGAAUAGCGAGCAGAACCGCUUGCUCUACCUGUGCGUGGGGGUUGGGAUGCCUCUCUCUUUAGUUGGAUUUAUUGUUUGUUAGUUGUGUCGCAGGCUAGGCAAAAGCCUCGCAGCUUGGGUUUGGGGGGCCGAGUAGUGGAAUGAAACGGCUGCCAAAAGAUGUAUCUGUUUGUGGUCCAGGCAAUAGCUGCUAGGCUAGCUACUUGGUCAGCGUCGUAGUUUUUCAGUUAACAGUUAAUCAAACUGACAAGCUAAUGUCUUUCUCUUUGGGGUGCUAGCUAGCCAUCAGUUCCCAAACGAAUUGAUGGAGUAGUUUUUUAGGGAGACAUCGUUGCGUUGUUUGUGAGGGGGACAGUAACGUUAGCUAACGUUACCUCGCUCCAGUUAGUUAGCUAGAUAGUUAGCCAACUACUACUUCAGAAUCAACUUAGAACAAGUCUGGGCAAAUGCUAUCUACCUGUGUCACCAAAGCAGGUUAUUAAAUAGCAAGCUCAAGUUAGGCAGACAAGAGAACUGCCGUUCUGCAAACGGAAGAGUGAAGCUUUGGGAAUUCCUGUUAAACGUCAAGCUGGCGAACAUGAAACCCGACCGAGAUGCUGGUGAGGAGUUUUUUGAGCACGACGCAGAGGAGUUCCUGGUAUUCCUGACCCUGCUCAUCACAGAGGGCCGCACGCCGGAAUGUUCUGUGAAGGGUCGCACCGAGGGACUCCACUGCCCCCCAGCACAGUCAGCACAGCCCGUCACAACCAAACACGAAUGCAAUGACAAGCUGCCGCAGUGUCGGCAGGCCAGGAAGACGCGCUCCGAGGUAGUGCUCCUGUGGAGGAACAACAUUCCCAUCAUGAUUGAGGUCAUGCUGCUGCCUGACUGUUGCUACAACGACGAGGGCCUCGCCACCGACGCCACCGACCUCAACGACCCGGCCAUCAAGCAGGACGCCCUGCUGCUGGAGAGAUGGACUCUGCAGCCCGUGCCCAGGCAGAGCGGUGACCGCUAUAUCGAGGAGAAGACUCUUCUUCUGGCCGUUCGCUCCUACGUCUUCUUCUCCCAGCUCAGCGCCUGGCUGAGCGCCUCCCACGGAAUCGUCCCCAGGAACAUCCUCUACAGGAUAAGCGCAGCAGACGAGGAGCUGGUGUGGAACUUCUCCCAGACGCCGUCAGAGCACGCGUUUCCUGUCCCCAACGUGUCCCACAGCGUGGCCCUCAAAGUACGAGUGCAGUCCCUGCCCCGCCAACCCAACUACCCAGUCCUUAAGUGUAGCAUCCAUUCCGGCCUCCCUCUCUUUGCCAAGAGAGGUCUGGACCCCACCGAAAGGCCGGUCCGUGGUGGUGAGCUGGGCGAGGCUCUGGGUUCCCACCUUCACCCCCGCCUGCCAGGCUCGCCCCUAUUCCAGCGCCCUCUCCGCUCCCCUCUGCCUCAGAGUCCCCUGAACUCCCGGAAAUGCCCUCUGCCCGAAGCCAUGCCCCCCGGCAAAGCCGUCAAGUGGUUCUACUCCAAGCUGAGCAGCUCCCCAGACACACGGCCCUUAGACUGCUACAACACAUGUGCCAACGGGACAGAGAUCCCCAAGGCUCCCGGCAGGGAGUCCCCCGUCCGAACCUUCAAGUCCCCUUCUCUGGCCGACCCUCUGGUAACCCCCAGCCCCAGUCCUCGACCUCUGUCGAGCGAGACAAACCCCCUGAUAGGAUCCCUGCUGCAGGAGAGACAAGAAGUCAUCGCACGCAUUGCCCAGCGUCUCAACUUCUGUGACCCCACAGCCCCACACCUCCCCGACGGCCUGUUCAGCACCUCCACUCCACAGGGCCCCAAGUCCAUCUGGAGCCCCGCACCCGAGCAGGAGGCCCUGUUCAAGAGGACCAAAGAGCCGCCCUGCUUCCUUGACCAGGCCCCCCAGCAGCAGCAGCCACCGCCGUCCUACCAGCAGAGUGACGCGGAUGAGCACAGCCAGCCUUCUCCCUUUGACACGCCCCUCAGCCCGCACAGCCGCAGGCGAUUGGAGCACGAUCCUCAGAUCCCCGCCUCCAAGCCCGCCUCCUGCCGUCGGCUGCUGCUGUCAGAGCCGUCCGACAGCUCGCUGCUGAGUGAGGCCGUGCAGGACAUCUCCCGGCUCAUCCAGGAGCGUCUUCAGCAGUCCCACCAGCUCCUGCACUGCACCUACAAGCUCUGCCGCCAGGGGGCGCUGCUGAAGGGCCCGACGGAGACGGGCAACGGCUACAGCACCCCGGCACCACCCACCACCCUCAAUAGCACCAGAGAGCAAGACCCCCGCAGACCCCCAAACGCGACCUGUCCCAAACUUGAAGCGACGCUGGGCCGGCCUGAGCCGCCCGCGUCUGACCGUUUAAAGAAUGCCAAAAAGGAGGAGCAGAGUCCAAGCCCUCCGAGAGAGAGCUGCCUCAGACCUGGGGGCCCCGUGCGGCCUCAGAGCCCCGUCCUCAGGGACAUCACCCAGAGGCCCACCCAGAGAGACUCUCCCCUCAGCCCCGCCUUCACUGACACCCCCAAAAUGGACCUCAUCCACAGCCUUGCCCUCAGGGACACCCAGAGCCCAGCCUACACGGAUGCCCCCCAUCCCCAACCCCCCAGAGAAUCUACCUACAGCCCCACAGCCACAGCCAGAGACAGCACCCACAGACCCCCCAGCUGGGACGCCGCCCAGAGGGAUGUCCGGAGCGCCACCGACAGAGACGCUACUCAGCCUAAAGGCACAGAGUCUCCGCCUGUCAGUGGGAAAACCGACCCGCCGCGCGACGAAAACCAGGACCCCUCAACCUCCACAGUCUGCACACCCGCUAGCCUUACCCACCUAGCCCACAGCCCAGACCGAAGCCCCCAUUCAGACAGAAUCCUCAAUGGGGAUGCCAGGAGUCCUCUGAGAGCCAACCCUCCUGCCUUUCCCUUGAAACCGUGCAAUAACUGGAAGAAGCAGAAUCGCCACUCUAUCGACGGGACAGCCACCAAAGCGUUCCACCCCUGCACAGGCCUGCCUCUGCUCUCCAGCCCAGUUCCUCAAAGGAAAAGCCAGACCGGAUAUUUCGAUUUAGACACAUCAUUGAUCCACUGCAAAACCCAACCCUGGGCCACAAGCAAAAGAGCCUGCUUGAAGAGAGAGGCCGACGAAUGUGAGCCUCCACAGCAGAUACUCAGUGCUAGUGCCCCACCUGCAAGCCUCAGCCUUCUGGGUAACUUUGAGGAGUGUGUAUUAAACUAUCGGCUAGAGCCUCUAGGGACAAUAGAUGGUUUUGCAGCUGAGGUGGGCGCCAGCGGAACCUUCUGCCCCAGCCACAUGACCUUCCCCGUGGAUGUGUCAUUCUACAGCGUCUCUGACGACAAUGCACCUUCUCCCUAUAUGGGUGUUAUUAACCUAGAGACCCUAGGCAAAAGGGGCUAUCGAGUGCCUCCAUCAGGAACCAUUCAAGUGACCUUAUUCAACCCAAACAAGACUGUGGUUAAGAUGUUUGUGGUGGUGUAUGACUUGAGAGAGAUGCCAGCCGGCCAUCAGACAUUCCUCAGGCAGAGGACCUUCUCCGUCCCCGUCAAGCGGGAAUCCAAUGGCCAUGUCAACAAGAAGCCCCUUCCCCUUAGCCAGGCACGGAUCCUGCGCUACCUCGUACACCUGAGGUUCCAGAGUUCUAAAUCUGGGAAGAUCUACCUCCACCGAGACAUCCGGCUCCUGUUCUCACGCAAAUCCAUGGAAGUGGACAGUGGUGCUGCCUAUGAGCUCAAAUCCUUCGCUGAGUCACCUGCCGACCCCCGCUUCUCUCCCAGAUGCUAACGACCUUCAGUCUUGCGCUGGGGCCUUAACAAAAUCACAACCUCCAGGGCAUGGUUUGGCUCACAUCGGGCCUUCAGUCUUGUGGUCAACUGUUAUGUUCAUAUGCAGCACAUAUUGAUGUUUGCCUCAGAAUCAAAUCAGUGAACAUCCUCGUCACAGGAAAUGACUUCUGUGGUGGUGUGCAUGAAUAUUAGUGGCAAUCAAUGCAGAAUUGUUCAAACUAAUGUGCAGAAGAUGACUUUUGACCAGACUGAAUGCUUUGCAUCAGUUGAAUCGGCUCAUCAUUUGCUUCUUCUCAAUAAUGUUUUUGCACAGAGAACCACAUGCAGGGCUCCCCACCGUCCUCACAUACAGGCUGUCUGCAGUGCUCAGUCCUUCAGAAUCAACUGGCCAGUGGGAGUAAUCCGUUAUUUCAGAUGUAGAUCUUUUAUUUUCCCCCAAGUAUUUGGUGUGAGUAAGGAGCCAUUACAGCUGUAAGACAACGGACCAGUUUUCCAAGAGAACAAGCAAUCAAGCCAGAGAAAACUACAGAAUAACAUUUGAGAGAGCACUGUGCUAUUUCCAUGAAAACUGGAAAUUGAAAUUAGUAAUAUUCUAAUACCUAUUUUUUGUACUGUUACAGAACCACUUUAUCAGAAGUGUUGCAAUAGAAGAAAAUAAAAUAAAAAUUAUCUUACUAGUUUAGUGUUUACAUAUUUACUUUGUCAGUUAUUUAAUAUUUAAAUUAAUAUUUCAUUUACUGCACAUGUGAUGGCCGUCAUGCUAAGCAUUAUGAUGUAGUGCAAAAUAUGUUUCAAUCAUAAUAUGUAUUUUUGACUUUAAUAUUCAGAUCUGAAAUAAAUAUAUAUUAUAUCUUUAAAGCAA